CCUGCAAUUCAACGAUGCCGAGAUUUGGAUAUUUAUGUUCCUACUUGUGAUAAUAGACUCGUCGAAUAUGACUUUGACAAAGUAGUGGUAAAUGUAGAUACCCAAUUCCAAAAUGUUAAAAUUUGUCAUUCACCACAAUAUGGAAAUAUGCUUCUACUGGACGACGACCCAAAUUUAGCAGAGAGCGACAUUGCCUAUACUAAGGCUAUAACUGGAAAUGAUACCCAAGAUUAUACUGAUAAAACUGUCCUCAUUCUUGGUGGAGGCGAUGGAGGUAUUCUCAAUGAGUUGCUGAAACAAUCGCCAAAAUAUGUGACGAUGGUAGUUAUUGAUGCUGCUAUUAAACAUUUACGUGGUAUAUGUGAAAAUGCUAUGGAUUCACUGGAAGGGCCAAAUUACAAGGUUAUUGUUGAAGAUUGUGUUCCGAUACUGAAAAAGUAUGCAAGUGAAGGAAAGGUGUUUGAUUAUGUCAUCAAUGAUCUGACUGCUAUCCCUGUUUCAACUACUCCUCAAGGAUCUCAAUGGGAUUUUCUACGUCUAAUACUACAAUUAUCAAUGGAUGUCCUCUCGGAAACUGGACGCUAUUUUACUCAGGGAAAUGGUGCAAAUAAUGUCCAUGCUCUUAAACUUUACGAAGAACAGCUGCAAAAAUUAAGUAGAAAAGUCGAUUUCAGAAAAGAAACCGUUUGCGUUCCUUCUUACCUUGAAUUUUGGAUCUUUUAUGAAAUUUGGAAGGUUUAA